AUCCCCCGGCGCUUGCGCACUGCGGCCCUAUUCCCCGCUUAACCCCGCCCCCAUCGCCGGGGUUUUCAAAUUUGAAACCUGCUCCUUUUCCCGCCCGAACGUGUUGACCAGCGGCGGGAGAGGGCGGAGCCGCGCGCAGCCAAUAGUGCCUCCGAGGCCCUAGUGCUCCGCCCACAAUGUGACGUCAGCAAGCCACAAGCGGCAGAGAGCAAAUGGGCGAGGGCGUCCGCCGGCCCCGCCUCCGCGGCGCCCACGUGCAGCGGCCGAGCCCCGGGCCUAGGGUGGACCACCCGCCCCCAUAGCACCACUCAGCGUGCGGGCCUCUGGUCACCAGUACUGGGCUGGAGACUGAGGCCCAGAAACGCCAAGUGGUCGGCGCGGGGUCGCUGAACGAAGCGGCAAGACGCGGCACCCCCACUCCAGCCCGGGGGUUCGCCCGAGGGCCAGGCCUGCAGCCGGCGUCGGUGGCAGCCCUAAGGGAGUUCUAGGGGGCGGGCAGGUGGGCGGAGGGUGGGCCGCGGUUCCCGGGCGCGUUCCAGAAGGGCGGGGCCAAGAGCUAGGCUGUCCCGGGGCGGGGCGUCUUGGGGGCGGGCCGGGCGCCUGUGUUUGUUGCCCCGUGUCAGUUACAUUGUAACAAAAGUGGUGCCGCCGCUACUCGGGUCGGCACCCCAGGCCCGCCCGCCUCCGGUAGUCGCCGACAUGGAACCGGUGGCCAGCAACAUCCAAGUCUUGCUGCAGGCGGCGGAGUUCCUGGAGCGCCGCGAGAGAGAGGCCGAGCAUGGCUAUGCGUCCCUGUGCCCGCACCGGAGUCCAGGUCCAGUCCACAGGAGGAGGAAGCGGUCUCCCCAAGCUCCUGGCGCGCUGGACAGUGGGCGGUCUGUGCACAACGAACUGGAGAAGCGCAGGAGGGCCCAGCUGAAGCGGUGCCUGGAGCAGCUGAAGCAGCAGAUGCCCCUGGGGGCUGACUGUGUCCGGUACACCACACUGAGCCUUCUGCGCAGGGCCAGAAUGCACAUCCAGAGGCUGGAGGAGCAGGAGCAGCGGGCCCGGCAGCUCAAGGAGAAGCUGCGAAGCAAGCAGCAGAGCCUGCGGCGGCAGCUGGAGCAACUCCGGGGGCUGGGCGCGGCAGGCGAGCGGGAGCGGCUGCGGACGGACAGCCUGGACUCCUCAGGCCUCUCCUCCGAGCGCUCGGACUCAGACCAAGAGGAGCUGGAGGUGGAUGUGGAGAGCCUGGUGUUCGGAGGCGAGGCCGAGCUGCUGCGGGGCUUCAGCGCAGGCCAGGAGCACAGCUACUCACACAGCGGCGGUGCCUGGCUAUGACCCUCACCACCCAGAGCGGCCUCUGCCCUCAGCCCACUCUGCGCCAUCAGGCCAGAGCCCUCACCGAGCCUCCAGGGCUGCUUGGAGUCACUGUUGGAAUGGACUAAAAGGACCCUGUGUGGGAACAGGUGCUCCUCGUACCCUGCUGCUGGUGGCUGGCAGUCCCACCUGGGAGAGGGGUGUUGAGCCCCCCUGAGUCCUGCAGGGCAGGCAGCUUGGGCCCAGGCCACCCUCCCGGGCAUUUUUUCUAGCACUUGGCCCAGCUGUCCAUGGCAGCAGGAAGCCUCUUGGGCCCUCAUGUUCCUUCCUAAACAAGGGCCCCUGGCCUUUGCCCCAUGCAUACUGUAUUUUCAUUAAAAGCCUCUUUCUUAA